AUGAAGGAUGUUUAUGCCAAGGAGCCAUGGUUGCUUGACCAUUCCAACAAUUCUUUUUUCAAAGAAGACGAGUGGUACUACUUCUCGACAAGAACUCAAAUCUCCGAGAAGAAGAUUGGUCGUGGGGAGAUCACGGGAGACAACAACAAUGGCAUCGGCCGCGGGAAUUGGAGGGUGAAUGAGAAAGAAUAUAUCAUCGACAAGGACAUAGGGGAUAUCAUUGGGAUCAAGAAAAACCUAACAGAUAAGAGCGGCAACUAA